AUGGCAAAUCUCAAACGCCUGCUCAAUCCAGUUGACGGAGACGAUGAUCUUCCAAUCGACCCAGCCUUCAACGUCCCCUUCAUGGACAGAUCCAACUUCUACGGCAACAAUGCAACAGGUAAUGGAGCCGAAUACAAUGGGGACAUGCCUCGGAUCAGCCAGAAUCUCGGGCCCGGGUUCAUGAACCCAACAAGUGAGGUUCCUAUCCUUCAAGAAGGCCCACCUGCGGAUAUCUUUAGCCAGAUCAAUGUCGGCGCAAUUGACCUGGAUCAAGACUUGCCAAACAUGGGAGGGUUCGACUAUGAGUUCGACGUCUCCUUCUUAGACGGCACAUCUAAUAGCUUCCUGUCAUCCCCGCCAAACAUCGUCGACAGCACGGCUUCAUCACUUUCCCCGCCAGACACACAAUUUGGGGGCUCCCUGAGCUCGUCAGUAGCGGGCAUCUCCAGUCAGUCGAGCGCUGCCUCGCCACGGACAGAUGCAUCCCCUCGGACGGAUGCCUCACAGACUGAGGAUGGUGAUGCCAAAAUCUGCUAUGGCAUGCUAUACAAUGUCGAAGUCAAGAUGGGUGGCAACAUGUCCAUGGUAGACGAGAGACUCAAGGCAUGUCGCGAUCGAUACCAGCGUUUCACUCUAAAAGAACAGAAGGACCAUCGAGAACAUGCCUUCCUUUGUUUCUCUGAUGAUUUGACUUUUGGCCAUCUCCGCUCUGGUAUCGGAAAAGUCCUAUUAUCUCUCAUGCUUCAACCGAACGUUGAGUUCGAACCAAUAGGCGAAACGGCCAAGCUCCGGGAGGUCAUCGAAAGGGCUGGCAAGCCUGGCGACGCAAUCGUCAAAGUCAAUAUUGACGUUUACGGGCCGAGAAACUCGGCCAAGAGAGUCGGUGAUGAGCUCUCGAAAGCCAAGUUGUGGUUGCAACGGUCAGACACCAGUCACAUCAUGAACCCAGGCAUCGAGUACCAUAACCCUCACUUCUUGCGCAUCAAAAUCAGAGGCAGCGAGGCAGAGAACUUGCAGCCUUCGCAACCGGUUGUGAAUAAUGUCACUGCGAGGAAGCAGACACGAGAAGAGCAGCUGCGAAAGAUGGUGGAGGAGGUGUACAAGACAGUGGGCAGCAAUCGUGAUGUGGACAGGGCCGAGGGUGGCAGUCGAGUCACCCGGGAGCUGCUUGAUCACCAAAAGGAAGCUCUGGGCUUCAUGCUGGAGAGAGAGUCUGGCCACAUUGCGGAAAAAUACCUACUGUGGAGAGAAGUCAACCACCCUGAUGGAACCGUCGAGUACAUACAGAAAAUCACAAGAAAGAAGAAAUCCCAGAGGCCAGACGAAAAGGGAGGGGGUAUCUUGGCCGACGAGAUGGGGAUGGGCAAGUCGCUUUCCAUCCUCGCCUUGGUCAUGAGGACCUUGGAUCAAGGCCAAGAGUGGGCCAAAGAGAAGAAUGAAGAGAACAAGGACAGAAAGUCCGUCAAAUUCUCCCGCUCCACGCUCGUUGUGGUUUCGGCUGCAUUGCUGAUAGAUAACUGGAUCAACGAGAUUAGGAAGCAUCUCAAAGCUGGUCUCCGGGUCAUCAAAUAUCAUGGCAAUUCGCGGAAGGAUCUGACGGACAUCGAUGAUUCCGAUAUCGUCGUGACAACUUACCACACACUCUCUGCCGAGUAUCAGGUGAACAAGGGAAGGACCUCUCCUCUCCACCAGAUUGGCUGGUAUCGGGUUGUAUUGGAUGAAGCUCACAUCAUCCGACGUCCAACAACCACCUUCUACCGCGCCUGCAACUCCCUGGAAGCUUGUUCGCGCUGGUGUCUUACAGGCACCCCUAUCCAGAACAAGCUCGCCGACAUUGGGACCCUGUUUAGCUUCAUCAAAGCCGAUUCCUUCAAAGAACCCUCCGUCUUUCGCAAAUGGAUCGAAAAUGCUUACGAGCAGAAUGCCGAAGAUCCUGAGCAGGUCAAGAACCGCCUGGUUCUGCUCCUCCAGGCUCUCUGCUUGCGUCGCACCCGGGAGGUGUUGAAUCUUCCAAACACAAGGCAAAAUGUCCGACGUCUUGACUUUAGCCCGGAGGAACGUGAUCAGUACGAAAACACGAAGAAUAUUCUACUUCGCACCAUUAAGAACCGUGUUGGUGAGAUUGAGAACAGUUCCAAGUUUGGCCUGUUCCAGAUGAGACUGCAGCUCCGUAUUCUUUGCAAUCACGGCACGUACCAAAAGACCUUUUCGUGGCACCGCCGAAGCCUGCAAGACGAAAAGGAGGCUCUGGUUGGGUCUUUUGGGGGACAUAGAGAGAUGACCUGUGCUGGAUGUCAGCAGCCGAUGCCAAUCCUAGGCUCGAACUGGGCAGAGAACAAGUUCGUGGACCAGUGUGCGCACAUACUGUGCCACGAGUGCAUAGACGAGUCGAGCUGGGCCGGUUCUGAAGUUCCUGAUGAUCGAUGUCCAGUGUGUUUCAGAUGGAGUCAGCCAAGUCGCCAGGCUGGCGGAACAGAUCAGGAUGUUGAAAUGUCCGACGCUCCAGUCAAGAAGUCAUCUGUGGAGGAUGACCACAAACACUACUUUAACGCCGACGGUGUCUCAACGAAGAUGCGCGCCAUCAUCAAGGACGUACGAACAGAUCUCUGGAAAACAAAGAGCAUCAUUUUUUCCUGCUGGACACGAACUCUUCAUCUCUUGUCUAGGCAUCUAGAAGAAGCCGAUAUCCCAUUUCACCAGAUUGAUGGUGAUUGCCCUAUUCCUAAGAGACAGGAAAAGCUUGACGCGUUUGCAAGAGACCAUGACAUCCCGGUCCUCAUCAUGACCACCGGCACCGGAGCAUUUGGACUUAAUCUGACCUGCGCCAACCGAAUCUUCAUCGCAGAACUCCAAUGGAACCCAAGUGUCGAGAACCAAGCAAUUGCUCGAGCCAUCCGACUCGGGCAGGAGAGUGAAGUUCGUGUCAUGAGAUACAUCAUCAACGACACGGUAGAAGUGGAAAUGAUGGCGCAGCAGAGGUACAAGAAGAACCUAGCUGCUCUCGGGUUUGAAGACUAUGAUGAGGACUGGAUGGAUCCCGAGACUCAAAGGCAUAAGUAG